UGCAUUUUCUAGCGGACGCGUUCAGUUGCUGUUACCAAGGAAGUGGACGAGCGAUUUCUUCCGGAUUAAGAAGAGUCAAAAGGAAAGCUUUCCCACGUGUGGCGAAUGUAUGGUGAAGGCUGAUCCAGAAUCUGAAAUCUGAGAAAAGUCAACAAACAGAACCAAUGAAAAGCAACUCGAGGAUGCAAAAAGCAAGAAGAACAAAGAGAAGAAGUUUUUGAGGAAUCCGCUGACGAUUUCAUUCAACUCAGGAAAACAUGGCAGUUGAUGGGGCGACCAAAGAGAAGAAGAAAAAGAAGAAAAUAAAGGUGAAGGAAGAAGUCGUCGUUCAGGAUGCGGGAAACACAAAUGUGAUGCAGUGUCAUGAUGUGUCCGUUCAGACUGUUGUGAAAAAAGAACCGCUGAUCGUAAACGCCAGAGAUAAGGAGAAGAAGAAGAAGAAGAAAAAGAAAGUGAAGGAGGAGGUGGAAGCAAACAGCCCCGUGACGGUGUGUCACGAUGUGUCCGUCCAGACCACCGUCAAAGCUGAGCGCUCAGAAAUCAAUAUCAGCGAUGCUCCUGAAAAGACCUUCAAGAAGAAAAAGAGGAAGAUGAAGGAGGAGGAGCCAGAAGAGGAUGGAGAGCAUUUAGUGUCCAAGAAAAAGAAAGGCAAGAAAAAAGGAUAUGAAGAUGAGGUGGAAGGUAUUCAAAAUCAAAAGAAGAAAAAGGAGGUGGAGGUCAAAGAGGAAGAUGUCGAUUUAGGAUACUGUGUAGAGACGGUGAAAAAGAAGAAGAAAAAAAGAAAACCAAACGCAGGAUUGGAGGACGGAGAAACAAAGACAAGGAAAAGGAAAAAGACAGAAGCUGAUGAAUGCAUAGAGGAAGUGCAAAAGGUGAGAAAGAAGAAGAAUAAGAAGAAGAAACCUGAUGACGUCAUCAGCUCAGAGACAAAGCCGGAGAAGAAGAGCAAGAAGCAGAAGAAGGAUUUAAAAUGCGCGGACGACGGGGAGAGUCUUCCUCACGCGAACGGAGGACCCGUCAGCUCGCCGGAUAAGAGGACGAAAAAGAGCGUCAAGGUGAAGGCUGAUGAUGUCAUCGAGAAGAUGGAGGAGGAGCCGGCGGGAAAGGAGGAGAGGAAAGAAGUGCAGAACAAGACGCCGGACAAAGUUAAAAAGACGGACAUUAAAGAAGAGCGUCGUGAAGCGCUGAGGGCGAGUAAAACGAGAGAUAUCGUGUUCCUGUCGGCAAAGCCUGGAAACCAGGACGAGGUUUCAAUAGAUCAGGCGCGCCGUCUCGCCCUACAGAUGGACAUCGACAAGGAGUCGCAGCCGAAGCCGACUCUGGGCCAGUGGGGCACGGCACAGUUCGACAGCCCCGACAGACAAAACAAGUUCCUGCGCUUGAUGGGCGGCUUUAAGAAGAGCAGCCAGCCAGUCGCGGGAUCCCCCGGCUCGGCCAACAUGGCGCUGGGGAAAGAAGGCCAACAGACUUUGCAGCAAGGCCUUCUGGGAGAGUUUGAGCGCGCUCAGAGCCACCACAUGGACUUCAAAAUGAAAGGAGCCGGAUUGGGGUUCGCAGCGCCGUCCAAUAAGAAGUUUACGAUCGAUGCUAACGCGCGGAAGUCCGUGCGAUUCGACGACUGAGGGAGAGAUCUGAAAGUGAACGCUCGGUCAUCAUUU